AUUUACAGCUUCAAUAUUAUAAAAUGUAAUUUCAUCUGAAAAAAUAAUUUUUUAAGAAUUAUUCUAAUUUUUUUUUUUUUUUAUCUAGUUACAAAAAUUGACUUUCUAGAUAAAAUAAUGACAAAAAAAAGAAACGAAAAAUUCGUUCUUGAAGAAACGAAAGACUUUCUUCGACGAUACAUAAUAUACGGUCUUAUUUUAUUUAAUUGUAGAUGUGACUAAUAUGCACAAUUCCUAUUUUUGAAUGUUAGGAACGUUAAAAUCAACCAAUCAAGUAGUAUUUUUUUCAAAGGAUUUGUUAUUAACCACGAAUAGUGCUACAUAUUUACGACAAACUCUUCAUUAUUUUUUUUCUUCCUUCUCUUUUUUUUUUUCUUUCAAUUUCUUUUCUUUUUGUGAUGCAGUUACACUCUCGAUUAUUUCAAAAAACAAACAUGAAUCACAACAUGAAAACAUAACAAAACACUAAACAAAACGGAAUUGAAAACAAAUUAUUUACAUGUUAAUAGGUAAUGAUUAAUAGAAAACUAAACACAAAUGUCAUUAUCUUUUCUAUCGAUUUUUUCUCGAUUUCCAAUUGAAAACUGCUUAAACGCGAGUGUAUUGACAUUUUAUUUAAAAUAUCGGUAUGCACAUACUGAUUUACCAAAACCAGACUUUCAAGAAUAUCGUCGAAAAUCUCUUCUUAAUUCAAAUAUAUCGGCUAAACGAAGUACUGAUGAACGAAGAACAGCAAAUUAUGCUGCAUCUUUCGUGGCAGGUGUCGCAGCACUUUAUGGAUUAAAAUCUCACAUAUUACAUUAUAUAUUUUUUCUUGCCCCAUCACGAGGUAUUUUAGCGGAAGCACAAAUUGAAAUUAGUUUACGAGAUAUACCGGUAGGAAAAGUAUCAAUAUUUAAAUGGCAAGGAAAGCCAAUUUUCGUUUAUCAUCGUUCCCAAUCCAUUAUAGACCAAGAAAGAUUAGUAAACAUUGCAGAAUUAAGAGAUCCUGAAAGCGAUAAUGAAAGAGCUAAACGACCUGAAUGGUUAAUUGUCAUUGGAAUUUGCACGCAUCUUGGCUGUGUGCCAAUUCCUAAUGCCGGUAUAAUACGUGGUGGAUUUUAUUGUCCAUGUCAUGCAUCUCACUUUGAUGCAGCUGGACGUAUACGUAGAGGACCAGCACCUACCAACUUAGAAAUACCUGAAUAUAAAUUUCUCACCGAUGAUACCAUUCUUAUUGGCUAAUUAUCGUACUUGAUCGCACUUUAUUUAUCACUGUUCUAUUAAUUACUUUUUUUUAUUCUAUUUAAUAUAAUAUUAAUCUUUAUUAUUUAUUUCUAUAAAAAUGAAACUAUUUCUUUUUUUUUUCUUAUUAUUCCUAUA